ACUCCAAUUCGGUCACAUAAACAUGAGGAUACCGUCACCUUAGGGCGCAGCGCAGUAACUUUGUGUAACUCUUUCUACUGUACCCACGAGAGUCAACUAGUCACCUCACCCGUGCCAGUCGGACCUGUAUGGCCCCAUCGAUCGCCAUGUCAGCUUUGACCGCUGGUUUGAAAACUGAAGAACUCCCUCCCCGCUCGGUUCUCGGCAGCAGAGGCGAGAUGCAGACCAGUCUGAGCCCCGCAGAGGAGACCGUGAAGCCCAAAGUUGCUAUUUUGCCUUUUAGCGUCGAGGCACUGAUGGCUGAUAGGAAACCCAGCAGAGAGGUGGCAUCCCCAGAUGCCCCGUCCGUUCCCGGGACGUCCCAUGCGCUGGGAAAGGGCGUAAGGAUGGGCUCUUUCGGUAGUCUGGAUACUUCAGUUCCUGCUUUACCCAUGAGCUCCUCGUUUUCAGUGGGCGACAUCAUGAACAUGCCAGAAGACGUACUGAUUAAACCCGAGAGCCCCGACAGUAAUGAGAGGACUUCAUGGCUACAGAGUCCUCGUUUUUCUCCCACACCUCCACGAAGGUUGAGUCCUCCUGCGUGUCCCCUGCGAAAACACAAGACGAACAGAAAGCCCCGGACCCCCUUCACGACGUCCCAGCUGCUGGCCCUGGAGAGGAAGUUCCGCCAGAAGCAGUACCUUUCCAUCGCCGAGCGGGCAGAGUUCUCCAGUUCCCUCAACUUGACGGAGACCCAGGUCAAAAUCUGGUUUCAGAACAGGAGAGCGAAAGCAAAGCGGCUGCAGGAGGCAGAACUUGAAAAACUGAAAAUGGCAGCUAAACCUAUGCUGCCUCCAGCUUUCGGGAUUUCAUUUCCUCUCGGUGCGCACGUGCCCGCGUCCUAUGGGUCUCACCCGUUCCAGAGGCACUCUCUGCCGGUUUCCCCAGUGGGACUGUACGCCGCUCACGUCGGAUACAGUAUGUACCACCUCGCUUGACAGGGACGGAGGACGGAGGACGAGGGGCACGUGCAGUGGGACACAAGGGGUUAAGACUACUUUCUGAGGGGCCCGAGCGAGAGGGGCCCUUCGGACAGGUGUGCUGACACAAAAUAAAGAGGCAUCCCAGCGGUGAGCUCAGUGUCACAUCCUGUCAGGGGGCCAAAGCCUUCACACAGACCCCCUUCUGAGGACCUUGAAGUUUAUCCACUUCUCCUGACCUUGCCAGUAAGUUCAAACACUGCAAACAAAAUAAUCCAACUUUAUUAGUCAUUUAAUCUUGAGUCUCACAUCGGUUUUUGUCAGUGGACAAUGCCAAUCAAGAACGAAUUGAUGGAAAUCUUAUUUCAGAAAAUAAUCUGAGUGUGAGACUAAAUUACUCUAAAAUGGACAUUUUGGUGCAGAGGUGGAAAACAAUUUAGUAACUGUAGGCCGGUGAUAUAUCACGAAUGGACGGUCAAGUAUGGACGCUAUGCUGUGUGCCACAGUGUGUCAAAGAUAGCCCACUGCUCUACUUUCACCAGCAGGUAAAAGGGCUAUUAAACCAACUUCUAUGAGUAAGUCAGAGACUAUUGCGCACCUUCACAUUUUGCACCAACCAAUUUAUGUUGGGCAUCAUAUAGCAUUAGUGGGCUGCUGUCACACUGCAAAAAACUAUUUUUUUUUUUGCAUUCGUAUCAAUGCGUAACUAUAGUGGGUUACUGAAUCCGGUGUCAAUGAAUGCUCUUUGGGAAUUUGGAGAACCACAGCAUUUGUUUUUAUAACAGCACUGUCUGUUGUUGGAAUGAUUCCCUUCGGAAGGGAUAUGUGUACUGUAAAAUAAUGUAUAUUUGAAGAAUAUUCUCAUUUAUAUUAUGAAUAUAUUUGUGACAUAACUUAACAAUAAAUUGUUUAUUCUUUUUCAUUAA